AUGACGGCCCAGGACAAUGAUUCUUCCGCUUUCAUCUGGAAGCCUCAGCCUGGCAACCCUCUGUCUAUUACGCGAGAUUUGACCAACACCGAGCGUAUGUUCGUUGUCCUAAACCGAGACCUAUUUGGUCAGAAUUGCCCAUUCAUUGGCGCCUCGAUCUCUGUCCGAAACACAAGUUCCUUGGGUCAAUCACGUAUCUUUGGUAUCCCGGAGUUACGAAAGAGAAGUGUUCGGGCGUGCUGUCAAACGCGGUGGAGGUAUCCGACGGUAGCUGCACGUGUCUCAGAAGAUGACUGCAAAGCUAUGUACAGUGUCGAUGGGCCGAAUGAAGCAGCCAGGUGGGCAGAACGAAGCGUAACAGUCGUUGUUGCUGAUGGUGGUUGGCUUGCUUUGCGUGAGCAACUUUCACGAGAUGUACCGAUGCCCUCUUCGAAUGGUGAUUACUGGGGUUUCUAUUUGAUCGUCAAACCCGAAUAUGGCGCAGAUGUGAAUAUCGCGAGUUUUGAUAUUCUAAUGCAUAAUCAUCACGUCUUCACUGAUGGGUCUGGCAUUCGCAGCAUCCUCAAUGAAUUCAUCAGCCGUCUUGCCGACCCGUUGCCAUUAGAAGAAUUGCAUUGGGGCAAAGAGGUCGACAGGUUGCUGCCUCCAUCUAUGCUUCUGGUUCAUCCAGGGCAGAUGAUGCUCGACACUACCAGCAACGGUGAUGGGCCAGAAUCAACUACUGAUUUCUUUCUGAAGUCACAAGCGGAUAUUGGUCUUCCAUGGUACAGGCCUAAAAUCGGCCCUCCAAGUUCGUCGACCAGAGGCAGUCAGUUAGUUUCGCAUACGUUCGAGCCUAAUUUCCUUCCGGAACUUCUUGCCAGAGGACGCAAGCGUGGAGUGAAGCUUGCUGCUAUACUCCACGCAGCUCUGUUUCAAGCGAUUCACGAAAAUAUCGAUUCCGUGCCUGGGCCAGAAGACUCAUUCCAAAGCAGUUCGGCCAUGGAUCUCAGAAAUGACUGGAUGCCACCCCCGUACAACGAGAAAAGAUAUUACGUAAAUGGCGCGGUCGUUAUCCAGCCCAUCGCAGUGCCAUGCCGGAUGUUCAGCCAGAGAAACGAUUUCUGGAAAGCUGCUGCUUAUAUCGCAAGUAUCUGGGAGGUUGCCAAGAAAAGAAAAGGGAUGUUGGCUACCAUUGAAGCAGAGGCAGCGAUGUUUUUGGGAAGUAGACAGAAACAGAAGCAGAGUUCCUCGCCUCCACUGACAAAGCCCCGUACUUGUCCUUAUUUCGUUUCGGAUCCACCAGGGACUCAACACCUUGACACAAUUUUCCCAGUUUCGGGAUACCAAAAUCUUCAGUUGAUUCUUGAGUCGUAUCAGCUAGCCACAGAUCAAAGUCAAACUAUUGUUUCUGCUCGCUCACACUCAUUUCAUGACAGACUCACUCUCUGCGUAGUCUUCAACGCAGCUCGUAAUCCAAAAGAAAAGAUGCAAGAGUUCCUCGAAACAUGGGUAGAUGUACUCAAAACAGUGUGCGAGAGUGAUUGGGACUUGAACGGAGAUUCGUGA